CUCAUCUUUUUUCAUUGCGAAACAUUGUCGCAAAACCACGCGAGAUCUUCGACGGGACUCUUGGCAUCAAAUACAUCAAAUACCCCCUGUACCCUGGUUGACGACCGCUUCCCGACUGCUGUCUUGUCUCGGAAAUAUUCCAGAAAUCAAUUUUGGAGGAAGUGAAUACACUUUGCAUAUCGACGCCCCCGACCCUCUUUUUCCUGUAUCUCUCGGCAGGCUAGGCAUCUUAAGAGCGCAAAAAAAAGAAGAACCUGAUUAGGCACCGUUAGGCUUCCUGCAACUCAACGUCCCCCAUCGCCGUUGUCACCGCCCGCUCCAACACACCUCGCAUCCGAAGCAGACCACGUCAAACCCACCACUUGCAACGUUCCGACAAUGGCGGCACUACCCCCCGAUACGAUCCAGGUGAAGCGCAAACGUGGCAUCGAUGAUGCCCCUGUCGACUUUCUCCGGGUCGAUAGGAGCAAGCGGUAUCGCAUCAUCUCUGAGGAGGUCGGCUGGGUCUAUCAGCGCAAGCAGGUUGCGUCCGAGCAGGAAAAGAAGCCAAAACAUGACGCCAGCCUUGGAGUUCCUACCAUUGUGCCUACCCAGGAAGGCGAUGAGAAGCGACUAAAUCGCCCCAAGAAAACCCCCAGGGCCCCGAGCACCAAUGCCUCCACGACGCUUGAGCCCGUGCCUGCGUUGGCGCCCGCAACAGUGCUGGCGCCGGAGGCAUCCGAUUCGAGCGACCAGACAGUUAACCUGCGUAAAUUCCACUUGUCGAGGCCCAACUCGUCACAACCAUCUGCUGGCGUGACCAAGAAGCGCGGUGCCACUGCCGUCUUUGUUGAGAGAGGCCCAAAGAGACAAAAGUCCGCAAUCCUGACCCCCCAGGUUGUGAAGGAGAUUCUCGACCAACCCAACCCAACACAAUCCUCAACCAGUUCUUCGCCUGCCAAGGAUUUACCUUCAUCCUCACAAGAAGCGGAGAAGAAGCCCGUUGUCUACAAGCGACCAGGAACCAAACCUAGGAACAAGACAUCAGCAUCCGAAUCGGGAACAACCUCGAAGCCCUCUGUACCCCCCUCCAUGCACAAUCGAAGAGCCGACAUGGACGAGCUCUCCAGGGUUAUGGAUACCUGGACACUGGGUGAAAUCAGCAAGAAUCUAGACCGGGUGGAGCAACUCAAUGCCAAAUCGAAGUCCAGCCCAGCCAAGUCCCGGUUCCAACCAAAGGCACCCAAGCUCCGCUAUCAUGAGCGGCAUCCGACAGAGAACGUGGCCCAACAGCAACGCGCUAAGGACCAAGCGGCCCCGGCUGCAGCUGCAUCAACCUCUGCUAUGGACAUCGACAUGAUUGACACCUCGGACGACGAUGAUUAUGUGAUUGAGACGUACGAGCGUGUCCCCGUUGAGCGGCUGCGGGACCAGGCGGUACCAGCCCACCGUAUCGGGUUGCUUGUUUUUGACAAUGAGCCCGAUGUCGCCGACUUCUUUUACGGUAAUGAUGAUGAAACCGAUGAUGAGUUCCCUGAAGAUGAGGAUGACGAGAACGCGGAGAACUACUAUGCCCAUGAAUAUCCCGACGAGGAGCUCGAGUGGAGCGAUGAGUUUGAUCACAACGCUUAUCACUAUGCAGCCCAAAAUUUCUCAGAGAACGAGGAGUGGGACGACCGUGACUUUGCGGAUGAAGCCUGGGAUGCCGGCGACACAGUCAAGAACUUUUGAAGGGGCAACAAGCAGCGUGGAUCUUAUGAGUGGUGAUCUCCAGAGUUCGAUGGGGAAAGCAUUUUAUACCAGUUAUAAAGAGGAAAUGAUACCCUGGGCAUGUCCCGCGUUUAGUGUAGUUAUU